GACGUUUGUGAAACUGGACCUAAGAGUGUACAGCUCAUAGAUUAAUUGUUUUUUAUUUCGAGCAAAUACAUGCCAUGGAUAUAUUUAAUAUCGAUGAGCAUUCGAGAUAUGCAACAAGCGUCAACUUCUGCUGAUUUUCAGACGCGUUCGAACCUACAAAUUAUAUAGUACGAGAUGUGAACGUACGCUGAAAAAUGAAUCGUAACUGGCGCAUUACCAACAAAGACCAACGUAAAAUUAAUGUCACGGACAAGACGAUGGAAUAACAUUGUGAUAUAUACAUAAAUUCAUGAGCAAUGUCGUCGCUCAUUCUUUCCCAUGAUUCGCAUUUAAUGAUGUUAGAGAUUGCCGUGGAAAAUUUGUUUGUCCCUUGGACCACGGCGUUUGACAAAGUCGUCCUUAAGGAAACUGUUGUGAUGUUUCGCGUGCUGGAUGAGGAUUGGAUAUCAUUGUCGCCGAAUCGACGCGAUUAUCGUCCUUAUCAAGGCUCCAACUACGAGAACGAGAAAUUUUACGGCGGCAGAUCCGUCGUCUUCUCUGUGCCGGCAGAUUUCUUUGGGGAAAAAGCGAGUGGCGUCGGUAUCCAGCUACUUGUUCGGAAACAAGUGUGCAAGUAUUUUGAGAUGGUCUCGCGCCAGAGAAUCGGCUCCGCCACUGUGCCAGUCGAUAGUCUGCUGAACAGUAUUGCCAAACAAAUCCGCGAGCGGGACGAAUUGGCGGAACACUUGUCGGACUUCUAUAAACGCCAGAUUAUUUCGAGGUCUAUGAUGGGAACGUACACUUUGUUGGACGAGAAUUUCCGGAACACCGCCGCCACGAUUUCGCUCUACAUUCGGAUUAGUUAUCUCGGCAAAUGUCUCAUAACAGAGAUCACGCAAGUCAAAAGUAUUCGCGGAGCAUUUUACACUCGCGGAGACUCAGACGAGAAACAGCCGUAUUUCUCUCGGCAGCUGACGUCGAAGGAGCUUCAAAGCGGUUGCUGGAUCGACAGUGGCUUGCCUCAUGUUCCUCACGGUCGUUUAAUAUGCCGUUGCGAAGAGCUCGUUAAAAAGGAGGCCGUGGAUUUAACCAGAAAAGCACCUGCUGAUGCAAUUGCAGACUCUACUGUAAUUUCCAUUUCGAAAGAUGUUGUGGAUGUGAUCUCUGCACCGAAAGUUGUUACGAACGCUGACGUAAUUAAAAAAGGAAAAACACCUGCGGCUGCAGUUACGGACUCUACUGUGAUUUCCGUUUCAAAGGAUGUUGUAGAUACCGCCGCGAUUAAAACAGGAAAAGCACCUGCUGAUGCAAUUGCAGACUCUACUGUAAUUUCCAUUUCGAAAGAUGUUGUGGAUGUUGUCGCGAUUGAAAGGGAAAAAGCACUUGCUGAUGCAAUUACGGAUUUUCCUGUGAUCUCUGUUCCGAAUGAUGUUGCGGAUGUUACUGCAACUCCAAUUGCUGUUGAUACUGUUGCAGUUAAACAAGGAAAAGCACAUGCGAGUGCAAUUGCAAACUCUGCUGCAAUUUCCAUCGUAAAAGUUGCAGAGAAUGUUCCUGCAGUUAAAGAAAAAGAACUUGCUAGUGCAGCUGUAGACUCUACUGCAAUCUCUGUUGCGAAAAUUGCUGUAAAUGCUGCCGCAAUUGAAACAAGAAAAGCACCUGCUAAUUACGGAGCAUUAGGCGACAGAACAGAUAUAGGCGCAGAUGUGGAUGCGCUUGUAAAUGCAUAUGCGAGAACUACAAUUCCAAUAAUAGCGACCGAUAACGAAGUAAUUAACGACGAGCAAACCUACAUUGGUAGAAAGGAUCAAAUCCAAUUUUUAACUAAGGACGUCAAGGCAGAUGUUGCUGCAAUAGCGAAAACGAAAGGACACGCGAUAAAGGACAAUGGAGAAAGGGCUUUCAAGAAAGCGUUCUCCGAGUCGAGCAAAUCGAAGCGCGGAAGAAACACGGCGACAAUCGUGCAUAAAUGA